AUGGAUAACACAAAGCUGCCCGAGUUGCCAAAACUCAAGCUCCAAGAAGGCGUCCAGAAAGAGGAUAUUGACGCGAAACAAGUCACUGCUAAUUGGCUUUCCCAAUUAGAACGCUCGUUUUCUGAACGAAGUAUUGACCUCGUUUCGAAUCUCUUCAUCGAAAACUGCUGGUGGCGAGACAUCGUCGCUUUGUCUUGGGACUUUUCUUGCAAGCAAGGCCAGGAGGCAAUCCGCAACUACCUGGUCUCUGCGACUCAUGGACUUUCAGAUAUCCGAGCUAACACUUUCGGUGGGCUUCAGCCCAUGCUGGUCGAGUUUGGAGGCGAGAGUUGGAUCCAAUCUGGCUUCACGUUUCGGACACCACACGGAGACGGGAAGGGGCUGCUGAAGUUGAUGAACGUUGGGGUUGGGAAUUGGAAGGCUUGGACUGUGUUUACGCAGCUAGAGAAGCUUGACUACAUGAAGGAAUUAGAGAAGCAGAGGGCAGCUUGUGUACCGCCGACUUCGGUGCCGGCUAUGAUUGGGGCCGGACAUGACGAAAGUGAGGAUAAUCAGGUCAUAAUUGUCGGAGCUGCUCAAGCUGGCCUCAUGCUCGGCGCACGCCUCAAACACAUGCGCAUCAAGACGCUUCUUCUCGAACGAAAUGCACGACUCGGCGACUCGUGGAGACAGAGAUACCAGAGCAUCACCCUCCACACGCCAUCUUAUACAGAUCAUUGGGCUUACAUGAAGAUACCUGAGACAUGGCCCAGGUUUCUCGUAGGGGACGAAGUCGCCGAUUUCAUGGAGCACUAUGGACAGCUUAUGGGUCUCGACAUCCAGUAUAACACUGACGUUAAGAAUGUCUCCUACGACGAAGCUACAAGAAAGUACACAAUUCAAUCGGCAACACCAGAGGGAAUGCGGAGUCAUUCUGCCACGCAUUUGGUACUAGCCACCGGCCUCUUUGGCGACGAACCCAUACUCCCAACUUUCCCAGGCCAGGACUCUUUCGAGGGUCAAAUCUACCAUUCCAAGUACCAUAGGUCGGCUGCAGACAUCCCGGAUACGCACAACAAAAAAGUCGUCAUCAUCGGCGCUGCGACUAGCGGCCACGACAUUGCCGCCGACUUCGUCGCCCACGGCGCCGGAAAGGUGACAAUGAUGCAGCGACACCCAAUCUACUCCAUUUCGCGUGAGUCAUGGGAGACGUUCAUGCUCGGGUUAUGGAAAAUGGAUGGUCUAAGCACGGAGGAGGCAGAUAUCGUAGGCAAUUCAUUCCCUUUGGCGAUCAUCCGAACGAUGAGUGUCGGGCUGACGAAGAUGAUGGCUGAGCACGACAAAGACGUGCAUGAUGGGUUGAAGAAAGCUGGCCUGGCGCUCAAAGAGGGUGAUGAUGGGUGUGGCCUGGCAGAUUACCAGCUGAUCAAGGGUGGGCAGUAUUACAUUGACCAGGGCGCGAACGAAAUGAUCAUCGAUGGCCGUAUCAAGAUCCAGCAAUGCGAGGAAGGUGUGAAGAAGUUCACCGAAGAUGGACUGGUUCUCGCAGAUGGGACGAAGCUCGAAGCCGACGUUGUAGUGCUUGCGACUGGGUUCCAAAAGGAGACCACGACGAUAGAGAAGCUGAUGGGGUCGGAUAUUUUAAAGAGGCUGCACAACAAAUUUGGGCAGCUGGAUGAAGAGCAAGAGAGAUCUGGGUGGUGGAGAUCUACGGGACUUCCAGGGUUCUGGUUUAUGACUGGAAGCUUCAUGUACUGCCGACAAUUCUCCCUCCCUUUGGCGCUGCAGAUUGCCGCCGUUGAGCUGGGCCUGAACAAAAGGUACUACAAGGAUUCAUGA